AUGGGAAAAUCUGACCCGUUGUUCAAGGCUCGUGGAAGAGGAAGACCAACGUCGAAAAUUCGAAAAGAUCUUCUGACAGCAAGUCGAACUGGUUUUGAAGGAAAUACACAAUCACCAUGGAGAAAAACUGUUUCGAUAUUCAAACAACCGGUAACACAAGUUUCAACAUCAGAAAGGGAUUCGAAGGUGAGUGGAAUAUGUAGGAUUCACUGGAAAACUAAAUUAUUCUAGGUUUAUCUGGAAGAUAAUGCGGCGAUGAAAAAGAAGCCAACAAAGAAAAACGAAACGAAACCAUUUCAAGCGAUGUGGGCAAAAUCGUUGUCUGGUGUUUGUGCGAUAAUUCCGGUGAAAAUGGCGGAUAAAUCAGAAGAAAUGGAGAAAGCCGAGUAUUUAGAGGAGACUCUUCAUUUAGCUGGACGACUCGAAGCAGCAACAUCACAAAUGGAUGAACAAGCGACUGUUGCAACCAUUUGUCAUACUCUUAAUUUAUCAAAUAAUAAUGGUACUUUUGGACAGGUUGCUGAGAAAAAUACUCUGGAGCAAUGUUUUAUCGCAAAUACUACCGCAGAUCAACCAAUGAUUCAGGUAUUUUAGAUAGUAUUCUCACUAUACUUCGACACUAAAUUACAUUUUCAUAUUUUAUUGAGCAAGUGAGUUGAAAUAUUGGGUUUUAAUCGUAUUCCUACGAUAGACAGGGUAAGGCAAUUUGAAUGAUAUCAAAAUGACAUUAGGUUACCCAUAAGUGAUUUAGCGACUAAAUUUCGACUAAACAUCGCUAAAUCACUUAUGGUUAACGUAAUGUCAUAAAAAUUGAAGAAUACAACUAAAACCCAAUAUUUCAACCAACGUGCUCAAUAAAAUAUGGAAAUGUCAUUUAGUCUAUGUCCACAUUUUUUAUAGUUAGUUCAACCAACAAAAUUUUUUCAGCGUGUAAAUUUGGCUCAACUCGCAGAAGAUAUUGCAUCACAAGAAAAGCGUGUUUUGGAUUGUCGUCGACGACUUCAAGAAGUUAUGAAACAUUUCGGAUGA